UAGAGGGCGCUCCUUAGUCACCGAUGAUUCAGCACAGGGUCCUUCUUGCCUGGUGGAGGAAGGCUUCAGUCGUUGGUGGGAUACAUGACGGUGCAGCCUGUGUGUACGAUGACCGACAGUGACUUUCGACUCCUUAUACAGAGAUUUUACCAGUUACAAGGUGAACGUGUGGAGACUUACCGUCUCUUUGAUGAAGGGCAUCAAGCAUAUCUGAAGUCUGGCCCCCACUAUGACUUUAUCCAUUACCGGCAGUUGGUUCAUGAGAUUACACAGGCUUUUAAUGGCAUUAGCAAAGAACUUAUCCAGAUGAAGGAUCAAUUCAGGGAACUCCAUGAUCGAUCUGAUCUUUCCGAACACCUAGAGAAGCUCCAGGAGAUGGAGAAAGAGAAAUUAGAACUGACUGCACGAUUACAACUAGCUAAACAGAAUGCCCAAGACCAUCCUAGUGAUGAAAGCCAUCAAGAGGAGGUUCAGCUUCUGAAACACAAGAUAAUUAAAACCGUGGAAGCAAUCAGUGAAGUACUGCAGGAUUUCAAGUAUGAUUGUGAAGAAAUAAAAUGACGUCUGCCCCUUUUGGAAGCCACAGAAUGGAAAUCGGAGCCUAGUCUGGACCACUUACUUGGAUCUGCACUGUAGCCAGCUCUGUUUAAUCUGCUGCCCUCUUGGGUGACUUUCUGGCUCUUUAUCAGUAGGUGUUGCUUAACUGACAUGGCAGGGACACGUCUUUUUGCACUGCAAUCUCUCCAAGUGAAUUUGAGCCGUAAUGUAUGUUUCUUUCCAAUGGUUUUUAUUGGUUAUAUGAAAUGUGCCUUAUGAUCUGUUUCCAGUCGUACUGUUUUCUUAAUUUGCUAUUGCUUCACAUUGCUGCAGCCUGUGUAAAUGAAAAGAUUACUAUUCUUUUGUGAUUGUACUUCCUUUUGUAUAUAAAGGUUAAUGAUAACUU